AUGUCUUCUCUUUCUCUUCUCUCACAACCCAAUUUCCUUUUCCUCACUACACAACCACCAAACUGUAAUAACUUGAAACCCAAAACGACACUGUUCUUUCAAUCGGCACCUUCUUCUCUCACACGUCGCUUUAGGAGAUACGUAACGGUUUCUGAACAAGCAACGGCGACGUCUCCAUUGGAAAGAAAGCUCUAUAUUGGUAACAUUCCUCGUACUGUUGAUAAUGAUGAACUUGCUCAGAUUGUUCAAGAACAUGGUGCUGUAGAAAAGGCUGAGGUCAUGUAUGAUAAAUACUCUAAAAGGAGCCGUCGCUUUGCAUUUGUUACAAUGAAAACCGUUGAGGAUGCAAACGCAGCAGUUGAGAAACUCAAUGGCACCCAAAUUGGAGGGCGUGAGAUUAAAGUGAAUAUAACCGAAAAGCCUUUAAUAACAACAGGAGAUUUGUCACUUCCGGGCGAGGAAUCCCAAUUAAUUGACAGUCCCUACAAGAUAUAUGUAGGAAAUCUGGCUAAAAAUGUAACAUCUGAUACCCUUAAAAAUUUCUUCUCUGAAAAAGGAAACGUUCUCAGUGCCAAGGUUUCACUGGUUCCUGGGACCUCAAAAUCCAGCGGUUUUGGUUUUGUUUCAUUUUCAUCAGAUGAGGAUGUAGAAGCUGCCAUCUCUUCUUUCAACAACGCUUUGUUAGAAGGUAAAAAAAUCCGUGUGAAUAAGGCGUAG